CAUGGCCCCUUGCCAGGGGAGGCUUUAAAAGGGUGGGGGCGCGUGGCUCUUCUCACUCUCGUGGCAGGACGAUCCAAGAGCACCGAAGCAAGACAAGAUGACUCACCAUUGCACCAAGUUCUCCGGCCACUGGAAGAUCAUCAUCUACGAUGAGGAGUGCUUCCAGGGCCGCCGCCAUGAGUUCACCUCCGAGUGCAGCAAUGUGAUGGAGUUCGGAUUUGAGACCGUGCGCUCCCUCAGGGUGGAGAGUGGCGCCUGGGUGGGUUAUGAGCACGGCUCCUACCAGGGACAGCAGUUUGUCCUGGAGAGGGGAGAGUACCCCCAGUGUGACGCAUUUGGAGGCAGCAAUGCCUAUCACAUCGAGAGAAUGACUUCGUUCAGACCUAUCGCCUGUUCUAACCACAGAGAGUGUCGUAUGACCAUCUACGAACGUGAGAACUUCAUGGGCCGCAAGGGUGAGCUUAGCGACGAUUACCCCUCCCUCCAGGCCAUGGGCUGGUGCAACAAUGAAGUUGGAUCUCUCAGGGUCCAUUCUGGAGCAUUUGUGUGCUACCAGUAUCCUGGUUAUCGUGGCUACCAGUAUAUCAUGGAGUGUGACCGUCACUGCGGGGAGUACAAACACUUCAGGGAGUUUGGCUCCCACUGCCAGACUCCCCAGAUCCAGUCCAUCCGUCGUAUUCAGCAGUAACAGCUCACAUCAAACCUGUGACCCUCCACCCUUUACUCCCCCUCACCCCUCCUCACUGCCUCCUGGUGCUGAAUAAACAGUUUUUCUUAAACAUUACUGACUUCCACCGAUGUAUCUUCUUCUGCGAGGCACGGUUCUCCCACUUGGGCUCAUGCUGUUGUGAACGGUGACCCCUUCUCUUCACCAGUCACAUCUCAGUGUUCAGAGCAAACCUGACAAUAAAGACUGAAGCUGAAAA